UAGUCACGUGUGCGGCAGAGCGCGUGGUUGUGUUGACUAUUUUUUUUAGUAAUAUAUUUUAUUCGGUUUUCUCUAUGCGCGUGUGUUUUACCGGCUGUUUGGCCCGAACUUUCCUCCCCAUGCUCACAGGUGCGUGUGCUGCCACCGGAGCAGACAUCUGCGUGAUGUGAUUGACCGUGCGGUAAUAAGCGCGUCCCACCUUUUGAUUUGUGUGAACGUUUGUGUGUUGGAUCUCCAGGAUGGCUGUUUUGAGCGCGUUUGCGCUGUCAGACUUGUGGAUUCCCGCCGCCGUCAUGGUUCUGGGAGGUUUAAUAGCGGGUAUUAGCAGGAAGUUGUCGCUGCUGGCAAACUUGCGUUUCAAGGUCGACAAAUCAACUCUUCGGAAUGGUGGCGACUUGGUAGCCGACGUGCUCAAGGCCCACGAUGUCAAAUUCCUGUUCUGUCUCAGCGGCGGUCAUAUUUCUCCCAUCUUGGUGGCAGCAGAACGCGAAGGCAUUCGCGUUGUGGACACCAGACACGAGGUUAAUGCAGUCUUUGCAGCCGACGCAGUGGCAAGGAUUUCUGGAAAGGUUGGGGUGGCCGCAGUUACUGCUGGACCAGGCCUGACUAACACAGUGACUGCAAUCAAGAAUGCUCAGAUGGCCGAGUCCCCUGUGCUCUUGCUGGGCGGUGCCGCUGCAACGGCUGUCAAAGGACGAGGGGCUCUGCAAGACAUUGAUCAGCUGUCAUUGUUCAAGUCACUGUGCAAGUUCACGGCCACUGUCACUACGGUCAGGGACAUUGUCCCCACUCUGCGGACAGCGCUGCAGAAGGCACAGUCUGACACACCAGGCCCUGUGUUUGUGGAGCUCCCAAUUGAUGUCCUCUACCCAUACUCAAUUGUGCAGUCUGAGGUUGGCUUCAAAGGAAGACCAGGCAGCCUUGGGCAGAAGCUAGUCAAACUAUACCUGGAUUACUACAUGCACAAUGUCUUUGCUGGUGCGUUCCUGCCCAGAGAUGUUUCACCUCUGCCUGUCAGCAUUCCCUUGGCAAGACCAUCUGAAGUCCAGCAGUGUGCGGAGAUUAUCUCACGUGCCAAGCGACCUGUCUGCAUUGUCGGCAGCCAGGCGACAUUGCCCCCCUUACCUGUGCAAGAACUGAGGGCAGCCCUGGAGAAACUGGGCAUUCCUUGCUUCCUUGGUGGCAUGGCCCGUGGCCUGCUGGGUCGGCACAGCGAGCUCCAGAUGCGCCACUGCCGCAGGGACGCUUUGGCCCAGGCAGAUGUGGUCAUCCUGGCAGGCUCAGUGUGUGAUUUUCGUCUGUCGUACGGUCGUGUAUUGAGCCGCAAGUCAAAGAUCAUUGCUGUUAAUAGAAACAAGUCUCAACUUUACAAGAACUCGGAUGCAUUCUGGAAGCCAACAGUAGCAGUCGAGGCCGAUGUUGGAUCGUUUAUGGCUUCCUUGGCUAAAGCCCUCCCUGACUUCAAAUGCGAUCUGGCUUGGAUUCAGACACUGCGAGACAUGGACAAUGCCAAAGAGGAGAAGAACAAGGCCAUGGUAGAGGUGCCAGCUGACAAGCAUUUGAGCCCAUUGAAGGUUCUUAGUGAACUGGAGGCAGCUCUGCCGGAUGACACGAUCCUGGUUGCUGAUGGCGGCGACUUUGUGGGAACGGCGGCCUACAUCCUCAGGCCGAGUGGGCCACUGAAGUGGCUAGAUCCCGGUGCUUUCGGGACACUGGGUGUUGGUGGGGGCUUUGCCCUGGGCGCAAAGCUUUGCCAUCCCGAAGCUUUGGUGGUGAUCAUAUAUGGAGAUGGCUCUCUUGGUUACUCCAUGCUGGAGUUUGACACCUUCGUGAGGCACAAGAUUCCAAUUAUGGCUGUGGUUGGCAAUGAUGCAUGUUGGAUGCAGAUUUCUAGGGAGCAGGUCAAAAUGUUCAAGAGCAAUGUCGCUUGCGGGCUGAGUUACACAGACUACCACAAGUCAGUGGAGGGCCUUGGCGCGAAGGGCAUGCUAGCGUCACUGCCUGACAGGGACCGACUGGCUGAAAUUUUCAAGGAGGCGCAGAGGCUUAAUGCCGAUGGCCACAGUGUGCUCAUCAACUGCCUUAUCGGAAAAACCUCCUUCAGGGAAGGCAGUAUCUCUGUGUGAUGUCAAACGCAACUGCCCCCUUUAUGUUCUGUGGCGUCAUUGCAGAAGCGCAGGAUGCUGCUGCCACCGGUGAUCUAGUUUGGUGGAAUGGUGCAAUCCAGUGGAAGAAUGAUGCAAUGCGUAAGCUUGUUUGAUUUGCCCACACUUCGCUGUUAGUUUCGGCAGUGCAACAUCUGCAAGAUGACAUUAAUCCCACUCAGUGAAAGUUUUUGUGUGGAACAAGUUCACAGUAAUCUUGUGCGCUUACAGAUGGUGCACGACGUGUCAAGCUCUUCUGUUCAAGCACCAAACUGGCGAGAACCAGUUCGUGCAGUGCAGGGCAAAUCGAAUAGACCUAACACGGGAGCUUCGCAGGGGCAAAUGCUGCAUUGUUUCUCAUCACAGGCUUGGUCUCAAGCCAUGCACCAUAGCAAUGGAGGCGUCAGCCUUUUAGUUCAAAAAAAUUAUUCGUAACUUCCAUGUCUUAUUUUAAAGCAGUGUCUUCCCUAAGAGCUACCUAAAGCUAGCUGGUUUUCAUGUUUUAUCCUUGAACUAGUAUGCUUUCUUUUUCUUAAGUAGUAUUAUAAGUUGAGGUGGUUGUCAUGUCUUUCUAUAGGAGCAAGGUCUGCUGAACAACAUGCAUAACACCAGCUCUUGUAUGGUGGCAAAAUUUUUUCGACUUCUCUGCUCCACCUUUGCUUGUUACCUGAUACAUAAGCUAGGCCGGGCCUGUACAUUGGUGUGAUGGGUUGUACAACACCAUCAUCGGUGAAGCGACUGACACUGGAGUGAAGUUGUCAACCCUUGAGAACACCCAUCUCACCUGUGUUUGGAGAAACUUCCAACUUUUGCCUCACCACUUGCAUUACUUCUAAAACAGUUGCAUUUUCCUUUGUGCAAAGCCAGCUCACACCUGUAAGCUGUCGCCGAUUCCAACUAGACAUAUGCUAGCCAGUUCGUGCAAAUUUGCUUGUACAGCUGUGAGCAGUAUGAGAGGGAUCACUUAAUUUGUCUUCAGGCAAAAUUUACUUCUGACAUGUGGACUUAACGUGUCACACAAGAUAUGCAUCAAGUAACUUUUCUUUUGAAUAUUGAGUCGCAUGAAACACUUCCUUAUGUUCAGCAUAGACCUUAAACUGCUGUGGCCUCUUUAAAGCAGAUUUGGGCAUUCCAUUUUGUAGUGCUCUCGGUGCACUUAAAUAAGUAUCAACUGCUACUGAGUGCAAGUACGGAGGGACCAGCUAGUGAUGAUUAAAUGCAUCGCAGCCAAAGCUAUGGGCAGCUUUUCACAUUGCAGUCUGUGGUAACGUCCAACCUACGUACAAAUCUUUUCAUUGUGGUUGGCAGUUGAUAUUUAAACCUUUGAAUUCAAAUAACUUGCCCUGUGGCAUAUUGAGAUACUUCAGUGAAAGCUUGGAAGGCCUUCCUCAUGGUAGAACUUAUGAGCCAACACACGCAACUGAUUUCCAAGUGUACCUGCCUUAUCAGGCUAUUACAAGCCAUCUCAAGAUACAGCACAUUUGAUGGCUUCACAAAUGAUGGAGAUUUGGUGUUCCACUCAAGAACCAGUGCAAUAGAAAUUACUUCAAUUUACAAGUAUUUUUAUAUUAUAGUAUGUGUGUUCCUAUAUUCACUCUUGCAUUGUUUGUGUGACUCAUCAUGAAUGAGCGGGAUGGAGUGCUAUGAUCAAGGACCAGUACAGCUAAGAUUGCCAGAAUGUUCAAGUAUUUUUAUAAUAGUACAUUAUACUGCUACUCCUCAACUCACCAUUGCGACAAUUUUCAUAUUUACAUAUUUACCAUCAGUAAAACUAAAGCAGAUAGCAGGACUAGUAAAGUUGACUUGCAGCCACAUUAAUUUUUUACAGAGUUUAUGAACUUGAAGUGAAAUCACAAAGUAGACAAUGCUAGAAGUGACAUUGCUUGUUAAAAGUAGUAGUCUGAGCAUGCUUUCUAAAUAAAUAUUAUGAUAUAUUGCACUUAACCCUACUUAAUGCCAGUUUUGGUGAUACUGCAACAUUGUGAUUGCAUGCUCCUAAAUCAGGGAGAAUAUUGGAAAUCAAUCUGUGAUAAUUGCGGAGAGACGCUUACUAGAAAGCUGUAUUAGUGUACUCCUAUCACAUUCAGUUUUAUAGCACAAACAUUAGUGUGUCACCAACAGGGUAUUUGAAACUGUAUUAGCAUAUUAUGUUGUUUCAUAACAGCAACAACAAUGUGUUACCAACAGGGCAUAUAUGGGAAGUGAGCCAGAAUGUUAAGCUGUGAAGGGUGGUUCCGCAACUGUUUUCGUGGGCAACGGUGUAGUCGAUAUCAAAUGUAAAUGCAAUGCAAUGUGCGACAGAGUCCUGAAUUUGUUCUGAAAUGUAACAGUUACAAAAUAAAAGUUACAUUGCACAUAUCGCAUUCGAAUAGAGAACUUAUACAGUAGAACCCCGUUGAUACAUUUUUCAAGGGACCGCGAAAAAAGAAACAUAGCAGUCGAGAAAACGUAACAAUGAGGAAGGUCCCAAAAUUGCCACAGAAACAUCAGAAACAUAUUAUGUUUCAAUAUAUUUGCCCCUUCCCACCUCUAAUAUGCUUGCUGUAUAAAGGCUGUUUCACGUGCAGUGACUGGGGCGAAAAAUAUUGUUGCUGCCCUGAGCAAUUUUCACUAGAAGCUUUCACAUUUCGCUAUUGGGCGCUAUUUCCUUUGGAGUGAUGGGCAAGGUUGCCCCCUGCUCUAAAGGUAUUCACGCUUGUAUUGUCACAACAAAACAACAUUUAAACUGUUCAUAUUCUUGAUUUUGUUAUCUAGUAUUUAAAAAUAGAAUUAGUGUGCUUUGUGAUCUUUAAUAGCAUUGUACUUUUACAAUUGCUUAGUCCGGGAAUGCGGUGAUGCUGCACAAGGCACCGUGAAAUAGAUGUCGGCAGAAAAGCCCCUAUUUUGACGCUGUUGACUUUUGGCCCACCCGAACACGUGCCGAUCCCUGCGACUCUGUGACAGCGCAACCAACUUUGGGGAACCUAGUCGUGGGGAGCUGUGACAGUUGCAGUGGUCGCGGAACGACAAAAAUCGGUGUGUCGCCGACUGAAAAUUAUGCCAUGUGAAAAUGCCUUAAUACGGCUAUAUUUUGGAGAGCCAGCGAAACGUGCAAUUGUGCCAGGACACACUUAUUGGGACUAAUGAUUGCAUGCUUCCUCAUUUGCCUCUGCAAUGCUGAAUUUACGCAAAUGCUGCAUUCGAAUGCAACAUAACUUUCAGGAACGUGACAGAAUGGCAGCAUAUUAAAAAUAGGAACAUGAUACGUACAUAGGUGUCAAUGUUGUUUUAGGUUGGGACUGCAAAAAUGCGACAUUGUUGGAAAAACGUACAGCGAAGAAUGUAUCAACGAGGUUCUUUGUAAUUGUCGUCUCACUUUGUCUUAUGCCAGUUACGUGUUGGACAUCAGCUAAGAGUUUGUACAGCUGCGGCAGUGAAAACUGACUGCAAUGCAGCUUUCAUGGGAGCCGAUACUUAGGACAGCCAGUCAUGACUGUUUUAAAAUGCUGUGUUCGAGCAAGGCUGUGGGUUAGCAAACCAGACCCCUAGUGCUUUCGAAGGGUGUGAGAGCUCUCAUGUACAGAUUUGCUGUCUUUUAUGAAUCGAUUCUGAGGUUGGCAUACAACUGUGAAAGAAUUUUUUCCACUGUAGAGCGAAGCAAAAAAUAAACAAACAGUUUUCUGUUCA